GCGCUCGUGUGCCCGAACCUGUGCCUGUGGACGCACUUUGGCGACAUCAUGGCCACGGCAGUUGACCAGAAACUGCUUCGGCAGACCAAAUUCCCCCCCGAAUUUAACCAAAAGGUUGAUAUGAAAAAGGUCAACGUUGAAGUCAUGAAAAAAUGGAUUGCAGGCAAGAUCUCCGAAAUACUUGGCUCGGAAGAUGACGUUAUUAUCGAGCUUUGCUUUAACUUGCUCGAGGGUUCGCGUUUCCCUGACAUCAAAGCGCUCCAAAUCUCGCUCACCGGAUUUCUUGACAAGGAUACCCCCAGAUUCUGCAAGGAAUUGUGGAACUUGUGCCUGAGUGCACAGUCAAAUCCGCAAGGCGUCCCGAAGGAGUUACUCGAAGCCAAGAAGCUGGAGUUGAUACAAGAAAAGAUCGACGCCGAGAAAGCCGCUUUGGAAGCCAAAAAUAAAAGACAGCAAGAAGAAACUCAAGAGCGGGAUAUCGAUUCCAUCCGACAGCGUGAGCGGGCUGAGCGUGGCCGUGGUCGCCGUGGUGGUGGUCGGGGCGGACGAGGAUACGAUACACGACCUCCGAGAUACUCGAGGUCUCCUCCGCGUCGAAGAAGGUCUCCGUAUAGAGGCCCUCCAUCCCGUCGGGAGACUGACACAUAUGUUCCUGGGAACCGAGGCAGAGGUGGUCGGGACAUUGGCCGAGGACGUUCGGCGACGAGAUCUCCCUCUCGCCCCAUCUCUCGCUCGCCUUCCUUGCCGCGUUCGCGUCGUGCUGGCCGAUCCGCGUCAAAGUCGAUUUCCAGAUCCCGAUCCCGAUCCCGAUCCCGGUCCAGGUCGAGGACAGCGCCAUACUCGCGGAGCCCAUCACCAGGACCCAGGAGAGAACGGGAUUCAAGAAGCAAGAGUCGGACCAAGUCACCUCGACAGAGGGGGGAAGGCAGGCUGAGAAGAACACCCGAAUCACCUGGUGAUAGACGCACACGAUCUCCAACACGUUCUGAUGUCUCACGCUCACGGACGCCUAGAAGACGACGGUCACGCAGCCGGACAACCUCAAGUCCGAGUCGAAGCCCGAGCCCCAAGCGGCGACGAUACCGUCGAGAUCGCUCAUACUCAUCAUCGCGGUCAAGGUCAAGAUCACGGGACAGACGGAGGGAUUACAGAAAGGGUGACAGACGUCAUAGGCGAUCUCCCUCAUACUACUCUUCUGAUGACAAUCGAAACAACAGGCGCGCUGAUAUUCUCAGGGGCCGCAAUGCACGCGAUGUCCGUCGAUUGAGCCGCAGCCCCGACGAGUACCAUUCUCGACGAAGAGGCAGUUCGAGUCGAAGCAGGAGUCGCCGCCCACACCAUAAACGACGGCGAUCGCUACAGAGAUAUGAGCCCGCUGCGCGCAGACAACGCAACACUUCGUCGGACGAAUCGUCGCCUGAAGCAAAACGUCGGAGACGUGAUCCAUCAGACGAUGAGGCGAUGAAGGACUCACCUGGUAAGCAAAGUGUGGAUAAGCAUGGUGAUGGCGACUCCGAUUAAACUUUGGAGAAUCGAACUUCAUCUGCAUGCCGACAUGGUGAUUUGCAACUCGAGAGUGUCGCCGACAGUAUAACCGACGGCGAAUCUUGCAGAACAACUCAAAGUGAAUCGCGGCCUCGUGAUAGAACGAGCUCAAUGCGAUACCGAGUGCUGUUCAGUGGCAAAGGCAGAGAUACCAGUCUUGAAAUGGCUGGCAGGGACACUGCUCUGCUCUGCCUAUACCGAUGUCCCCUGUGUUACGUACAGUUCUUCAAAGUGCAGGAUCUGGCCCUCACUGAUUGGCCAUCCCACAACCCGCCAUCAAGUCAAUCUGUAACAUAAAAAGCACAACAUCGAAAUUGCAUAUAGCAUCACAAUGUUUCCUGCUCACA